AUGUGACAUUUAGCUCAGUUUUUUGACAUUUUAUUUCACCAAAUUUAAAGGAAAAAAAUAUUUAAUUCUUGCAAGGUUUUAAUUUACCUUUUAAAGUAUAAAAAUAAUCAAUAAUUCUAAAUGAGACAUCAAUUGUUUCUUGCUCGUACCGUUUUGGUACAAAAUAACAAUGUCGAAGAAGCAUGUCGUUUGCUAAAUAGAAUUCUAGGAAAGGAAGAAAUAUUCGAUCAAUUCCGGCGAACACGCCGCUAUGAGAAACCCUUCCAAGUUCGUCGUAGGGUGAAUUUCGAAAAGUGCAAAUCUAUUUACAAUGAAGACAUCAACAGAAAAAUUCAAUUUAUUUUGAGGAAGAACCGUGUCGAACCGUUCCCUGGUUGCAGUUAAAAUGUUAGUUAUACAAAAAGAGUUGUAAUGUUUAUUUGAUUUGUUUAUUAAAUAUUAUAGAAUUAAUACAAA